AGGCUGAGGCUGAGCCUCAGGGAGGCGGGGCACAGCUUCCUCCUCGCAGAGAGGCUGGACUUGAAUAAACCCAGCCUCCUACACAACUGUGGAGCCAGGGCAAGGGAGAGACAGAAGGAGCAAGUGAUCCAGGGAGACAGACACUUGGAGACACUUGGGGUUGAGUUUGAGGAGGACUCCCUAACCUGUGCCUGGACAAAUCUCAUGUCCUGUGUGGUCCAAGAGGAACUGACCCAGUGUCUGGAGCUCCCACCAUCAUUGCAUCCCUGCUGUGGCUCACCUGCUGCUGUCCCCAGGAGCCCCCGAGAAGAUUUGCUUCCUCUCUCCUGCUAAGCUCCAGGUCCUGAGAUUGAAUUAGGGGCUGGAGGUCACUGCACUGCAGCAGUCAUGGGACCCAGGAUAGGGCCAGUGGGUGAGGGACCCCAGGUACCAGACAAGGAAACCAAGGCCACGAUGGGCACAGAAAACACACCUGGAGGCAAAGCCAGCCCAGACCCUCAGGACGUGCGGCCAAGUGUGUUCCAUAACAUCAAGCUGUUCGUCCUGUGCCACAGUCUGCUGCAGCUGGCGCAGCUCAUGAUCUCCGGCUACCUUAAGAGCUCCAUCUCCACAGUGGAAAAGCGCUUCGGCCUCUCCAGCCAGACGUCGGGGCUGCUGGUCUCCUUCAAUGAGGUGGGGAACACAGCCUUGAUUGUGUUUGUGAGCUAUUUUGGCAGCCGGGUGCACCGACCACGAAUGAUUGGCUAUGGGGCUAUACUUGUGGCCCUGGCGGGCCUGCUCAUGACUCUCCCGCACUUCAUCUCAGAGCCAUACCGCUACGACAACACCAGCCCCGAGGAUAUGCCACAGGACUUCAAGGCUUCCCUGUGCCUGCCCACAACCUCAGCCCCAGCCCGGACCCACUCCAACGGCAACUGCUCGAGCUACACAGAAACCCGGCAUCUGAGUGUGGUGGGGAUCAUGUUCGUGGCACAGACUCUACUGGGCGUGGGUGGGGUGCCCAUUCAGCCCUUUGGCAUCUCCUACAUCGAUGACUUUGCCCACAACAGCAACUCGCCCCUCUACCUCGGGAUCCUGUUUGCAGUGACCAUGAUGGGGCCAGGCCUGGCCUUUGGGCUGGGCAGCCUCAUGCUGCGCCUUUAUGUGGACAUUAACCAGAUGCCAGAAGGUGGUAUCAGCCUGACCAUAAAGGACCCCCGAUGGGUGGGUGCCUGGUGGCUGGGUUUCCUUAUUGCUGCUGGCUCAGUGGCCCUGGCUGCCAUCCCCUACUUCUUCUUCCCCAAGGAAAUGCCCAAGGAAAAACAUGAGCUUCAGUUUCGGCGAAAGGUCUUAGCAGUCACAGACUCACCUGCCAGGAAGGGCAAGGACUCUCCCUCUAAGCAGAGCCCUGGGGAGUCCACAAAGAAGCAGGAUGGCCUAGUCCAGAUUGCACCAAACCUGACUGUGAUCCAGUUCAUUAAAGUCUUCCCCAGGGUGCUGCUACAGACCCUACGCCACCCCAUCUUCCUGCUGGUGGUCCUGUCCCAGGUGUGCUUGUCAUCCAUGGCUGCGGGCAUGGCCACCUUCCUACCCAAGUUCCUGGAGCGCCAGUUUUCCAUCACAGCCUCCUACGCCAACCUGCUCAUCGGCUGCCUCUCCUUCCCCUCGGUCAUCGUGGGCAUCGUGGUGGGUGGCGUCCUGGUCAAGCGCCUCCACCUGGGCCCUGUGGGAUGCGGUGCCCUUUGCCUGCUGGGGAUGCUGCUGUGCCUCUUCUUCAGCCUGCCGCUCUUCUUUAUCGGCUGCCCCAGUCACCAGAUUGCGGGCAUCACCCACCAGACCAGUGCCCAGCCUGGGCCAGAGCUGUUUCCAAGCUGCAUGGAGGUCUGCUCCUGCCCAUCGGACGGCUUUAACCCUGUCUGCGACCCCAGCACUCGUGUGGAAUACAUCACACCCUGCCACGCAGGCUGCUCAAGCCGGGUGGUCCAGGAUGCUCUGGACAAAAGCCAGGUUUUCUACACCAACUGCAGCUGCGUGGCGGAGGGCAACCCCGUGAUGGCGGGAUCCUGUGACUCGACCUGCAGCCACCUGGUGGUGCCCUUCCUGCUCCUGGUCAGCCUGGGCUCGGCCCUGGCCUGUCUCACCCACACACCCUCCUUCAUGCUCAUCCUAAGAGGAGUGAAGAAAGAAGACAAGACUUUGGCCGUGGGCAUCCAGUUCAUGUUCCUGAGGAUUUUGGCCUGGAUGCCCAGCCCCGUGAUCCACGGCAGCGCCAUCGACACCACCUGUGUGCACUGGGCCCUGAGCUGUGGGCGUCGAGCUGUCUGUCGCUACUACAAUAAUGACCUGCUCCGAAACCGGUUCAUCGGCCUCCAGUUCUUCUUCAAAACAGGUUCCGUGAUCUGCUUCGCCUUAGUUUUGGCCAUCCUGAGGCAGCAGGACAAAGAGGCAAGGACCAAGGAGAGCAGAUCCAGCCCUGCUGUAGAGCAGCAACUGCUAGUGUCAGGGCCAGGGAAGAAGCCGGAGGAUUCCCGAGUGUGAGCUGUCCUGGGGCCCCACCUGGCCAAGAGUGGCAGCCACAGCAGUACCUCCUCUGAGUCCUUUGCCCAAGAUUGGGUGUCAAGAGCCCUGUGUUCCAUUCUGGCUCCUCCACUAAAUUGUUGUGUGGCUUCAGGCAAGACACUGAUCCUCUCUGAGCCUUUGCUUGCUAGUCUGAACCAAAGAGUUGUUUGGGCAUUUGCUGUGUUGGCCAUUUCUGAAGCAAGAGGGUCUUCCUCCUCCUUCCCCCAGCCAGCCAGCUGUCCUGGAGCCAGGCUUUCCUGGGUGGAAAGACUGCGUCCCUUUCCCUGGGGCCCUCAGAUAGCAAAGUGAGCCAUAGUGGGCCAGGCUGCCCUCCAUGCUGGGCCCCAGCCCAGGUCUGCACUCCCUGGAUCACCCUCUCUGAGCCUCAGCCAUCUCCUGUCAGGUGGGAAUGAACUUGCCAGCCUUCAGGCUUGUUCAGCUGUGACCAUCUGUGCGGUCAGUGUACACUCAGGUCUCCUCCCCAACUCCAGCAGCCUUUAAGAAGUGUCCCUUUGGCGCCCCCUGGAGGCAGAGCACUGAGCUGGACCCUGGGUAGACUCCCACAGGGAGGAAGGAGCUGGCCUCAGGUGUGGGACACCCAGACUUGGCAGGGCCUUCAGGAGGCCUGUGUGGGGGCCCCAGGAAGCCUUAGCUGAAGCCGGGAGACUCACUCUCCAUCUCAGGAAGUUCUAGCCCUUGCCCUCAGGGAGCCAUGGUUGAGGGUGAGGCCCAACACCUGCCUUAGGGGCCCUGGGUGGGCAAGUCUGGGCCCUGGGGCAGGGAGGGAGACUCAGGCCCACACUUGGGUAUUUUCUAAUUUCAGACAAACACAUACUCAGCGUGCACUCACUGAUUCCUACACAUUGCCAAGAUUUCACACAUGUGACCAGGGGCCACCAAAGUCCCUGUGACCUUUGUGACUAGGAUCCUAAUUUCUCUAUUUUCUCCUGAGUGCCUGGGUCUGUGUUACUUGGGGCAGCAUGGAUAAUGUUUAGUUCUGUGACACUAUUUUUUGGGGGGUGGCACCUGGGUCUCUGGAUUCCUGGGCUGGCGUCAGGCCCAUUACUGUAAUGCUGGGAGCAGUAAAGCUCAGCUCUGUGUAAUGAGUGAUGCUAUGGCUUGCUCAGGUCUUAUGAUCCAAUCCUUUUCUACAUCGGCCCUUGUUUUGUUUUAAGGCUAGUCUUAUCUGGCCUGGUUAUUUCCCUGCGGGGAGGAGAGAGUUUGUUAAUCUGCUCCCAGCCCAACCUAUUGCCACCCCACCUCACUGGGACCUGCUGCUUGGGAGGCAGCAGACAGGGAGCCACCAGCAGUGGCUUCCUGGCCCUGUGCUUGGGGUGGGGGGAAGCUGGGGUCACAUGUGGCCCUUGCCUUCUGAGCAGCUCCCAGUGCCAGGGCUUUGAGAUUUUCCCACGUGAUAAAAGAAAAGGGAGGUAGAGAAGUUCCAAUUCCCUUUUUAUUUUGCUGGUUGGUAUCUGUAAAUGUUUAACAAAUAUCUAAGCAUGUAUGUAUCAGUGCCAAGAAUUUCAAAGUCUCCUCCAACAAUAUGAGGCUUUUAGGAUGUUUAUAUUCCUUCAUCCCUCUUGUUUCCCAGGUUUUGCAGGGGAAAAAAAAAGUCUGGAAUUAUAGAUAUGGCUUAUUAUUAAAUUUGUUCUUGCAUAAUGUCUCUUCUAUUACAAAAAUUCUUUCUUUAUAAACUGCAUUAGAGGUUUGCAACAACCACAUCAUUUCCAUUAACUUAGAUUUAAGUUUUACUGGAUUUAUUGCUCACCGUUAUUGCUUGUAUAUUACAUCUUUUCCUAUCUUUA